AUGAGCCUUACAGACAUUCUAAGCCCUUCUGACAUCGCUGCUGCUCUGCGGGACUGCCAAGCUCCAGAUUCCUUUAGUCCCAAAAAAUUCUUUCAGAUCAGUGGGAUGUCUAAAAAGACAAGCAGCCAGCUCAAGGAGAUCUUCCGGAUUCUCGACAAUGACCAAAGCGGCUUUAUUGAGGAAGAUGAGCUCAAGUAUUUCCUUCAGAGGUUUGAGUGUGGAGCCAGAGUGUUAACUGCCUCAGAAACCAAGACCUUCCUGGCAGCUGCAGACCAUGAUGGGGAUGGUAAAAUCGGGGCUGAAGAAUUCCAGGAAAUGGUGCAGGCUUAG